GUGACAAAAUAUUUUCUUGGUUUAAUGUGACAAUACAUACAGUCCAUGUCCUUUAUCCACUAGCCGAGGUAUUUGUGUUAAUGAUACUUCCAGAAAUGUCAGUGUACAGUCAUUUCACUGAGGAAUCAACCAGCUCACAUGAAAGUGCUUACCAUGCUGUUCUGACAAAACAGCUCUGCAUCAGGAUAUUAUGACACUUCUGAAGGAGCUUGUGCGGAAUCCAACAUUCCUCAUCAUCCAGCAGGUAUCACGUUGCUGUGUGGAUUAGUUAUAGUCCACGAUCCCAGUGGAUAAUGGAGGAGUGCUCAGUAGGAUACAGCAAAAUAGACAUGGACAAUGGAUGGAGAACAUCAUGGAAAGGUGUCAGAACUAGCAACCAAACUACAGAAUACCAUUGUACAUCAGGAUAAGAAACUGACUGAUGUUGAUAGUUCACUGGCUAAUCUGAAUUCAUCUUUGGCUUCUUUUACAUCUCAACUAAAGAAUCAACUAACAGAGGCCACGGGGUAUCAGAAUGGGAAGGUGGAAAGUUAUGUGUUGAAUCUGACUACUUCUCUCGAAACUCUGGCGUCUCGGAUAAAGAGCAAUGAUGAAGGCAUGAUGACUGUUCUAAGUGAUGUGAAGUCUGAGUUGCAGAGCAUGAAUCAGUCAGCAGGUAGGAGCUUUUUCUACAACAGCUUGUUCAAACCACCACCUCUUCCACCUGCUUCACCAGUGGACCUUAACGCAGGGCCCUGGGGCAGAGACCCUAGCUAUGCUCAGUCAAGCAGGCCAAUUUUUCCCCCUCACCACAUAACCUGUAUUUUUGUCAGAGAUGAACCAGUAAAUCCUGCCACUGACCACCAGAGGUCCUUGUCUCCUGAGUUCAGAACAUUCCUAUGGUCACUAAACAUACUCAACUGUUUCCAUCCUCCCAUUAGUCCGCUGUGUCAGACCCAUGUGAGCAUCCAAACAUCGUGACGUAUUGCCAGUCCACUCAAGUCUGCAUACCAAACCGUUGGUU